ACACGAAUCUCGAUUGCUUUUUUUUUCCUUGAAAGCAAAAUAGAUAGCAACAUGAUCGAAGCAUACGUGAAGAGCAGUUUCGUGCUGUCCAAGGCAGCGAAAAUGAUGAGCUACUUUUCACCGAUUACCAUAAUCCUAACGACGAUGAUAGUCGGAGCCGUCUACGCGUAUAACAAGAGAAGAGCCCGUCUGGUGAAGUUGAUCGAGAAAAUUCCCGGACCGGCCAGCAUGCCCCUGCUGGGGAACAGUUUGCACAUCAAUGUGGAUCAUGACGAGAUUUUCAACCGCAUCAUUUCCAUUCGCAAGCUCUACGGACGUCAGCAAGGAUUUAGCCGAGCGUGGAACGGCCCCAUGCCCUAUGUGUUGAUCUCCAAAGCCAGCGCAGUGGAGCCCAUUCUCGGCAGUCCACGUCACAUCGAAAAGAGUCACGAUUACGAGUUCCUGAAGCCAUGGCUCGGCACCGGGCUUCUGACCAGCCAGGGCAAGAAAUGGCACCCGCGCCGAAAGAUCCUCACGCCGGCAUUCCAUUUCAAAAUCCUGGACGACUUUGUCGACAUCUUCCAGGAGCAGAGUGCCGUGCUGGUGCAGCGACUGGAGAAGGAACUCGGCAACGAGCAGGGCUUCAACUGCUUCCCGUACGUGACCCUGUGCGCACUGGAUGUCGUUUGUGAAACUGCCAUGGGUCGAUUGAUCAACGCUCAGAAGAACUCCGAUUCGGAAUACGUGAAGGCAGUCUAUCAAAUCGGAAGCAUCGUCCAGAACCGCCAGCAGAAGAUCUGGCUGCAGCCGGAUUUCAUCUUCAAGCGUACCGAAGACUACCGUAACCACCAGCGAUGCCUGUCGAUCUUACACGAGUUCUCCAACCGGGUAAUCCUCGAACGGAAAGAAGAGAUCAAAAGGCUAAAGCUCUCCAACAAUAACACCACCAAGAAGACCGCGGAAGCCAGCGGAGCUAUUUUGGACGGUAACAACAACCCGGAAGAGUUUGGCCGCAAGAAGCGGUUGGCGUUCUUGGAUCUGCUGAUCGAGGCAUCGCAAGACGGAACGGUACUAUCGCACGAGGACAUCCGCGAAGAGGUGGAUACGUUCAUGUUCGAAGGUCACGACACAACGUCGGCUGCCAUUUCGUGGAUUUUGCUUCUACUGGGCGCCGAGCCGUCGAUCCAGGAUCGCAUCGUCGACGAAAUCGAUCACAUCAUGGGGGGCGAUCGGAACCGCUUCCCCACCAUGAACGAACUCAACGAAAUGAAGUAUCUCGAAUGCUGCAUCAAGGAAGGUCUCCGGCUGUACCCGAGCGUUCCGCUGAUCGCCCGGAAACUGGUUGAGGACGUCCAGAUCGAGGACUACACCAUCCCUGCCGGUACGACAGCGAUGAUAGUGGUCUACCAGCUGCAUCGCGAUUCAUCCGUGUUUCCCAAUCCCGAUAAGUUCAAUCCGGAUAACUUCCUGCCGGAGAACUGCCGCGGACGGCAUCCGUACGCGUACAUUCCGUUCAGUGCCGGACCGAGGAACUGCAUUGGGCAGAAGUUUGCAGUGCUGGAGGAGAAGUCGAUCAUUUCGGCGGUGCUGCGAAAGUACCGGAUCGAGGCGGUCGAUCGGCGGGAGAAUUUGACGCUCCUGGGGGAACUUAUUCUGAGACCGAAGGAUGGCUUACGGAUAAAGAUCAGUCGGCGGGAUUGAACACACAGAUACAGUGAUUAGGCGUAAUACGUUUUUUUAUUAUUAUUAGUAAUAUUUUAUUCCUUACGACCAAUUUGCGAUUUGUGUUUCUCAUGACAUAAUUUUGGGUGUAUAGAUUUUGUAUAUUGGUUAUGAAUGACAAUUGAUUUUAUGAUGAUGAUGAGUGCAAGAGUAAGCAGCAUUAUAUGAGUGAGAAUUGGGUCGUUCGAACUACCUACCACUACACAGCUUGUACCAUGAUAGAGAAGUCAACUAGAUAACUGUCCAGUGAAAUAAAUGUAAUGAAACUAAAACUGGGAAGCUUUUAUUUUUAAACAAUGAUGGCGGCUAAUUGAAUUCACAGUAAAUUUCAUUGAUCCUGGAUGAUAUAUUUAUUAAAUGGGCGAAUCAGUGAUAGACGCAACUGAAAAAAGCCAAAUUGGCCAAACACAUUAUCAAGCUGAGUCUUUCCCGGGCAAACUAAGUCCACUUGCCCAAACUUUAUCAGUUGUCAAAAUUCUAUGCGGUAAUUGGCCAGGCUACGUCUAGUUGUUUCGUUUUGUCAAACUGCAUUACUGCCGCUAUUGGCAUAAGAGCAACCGUACCAGUCGUUGCCAUUUGCGGCACUAUUUUACUUACGCACAGUGUUUCCAUUUUGGCUUAAUCACUCCUCUCCACACCGGUCGUUGCUAUCACAGUCAUAAGUUAAGUUACCGUUUUCCACACCGGAAAAACAAUCUUUUGGCGUUUAUUCAAAAUAGCAACCGUCUGAUGCGUUGCUACCGGGUUGCUAAAUUUAUAAACUCACUACUUCCCAAGGUGCGGAUUGCUAUUUCCCCCACCUGAAUAGCAACCCCCGGUACGCAAGUAGCCUUAUGGUAGAGGUUGGUAAAUGUGCCUUAUUUACCCAUUGGUACGGUUGCUCUAACAAUCCUGAAGAUGUCCUAUCUGCCAUCCAUUGACGGCAAUCGAAUGUACAGGAAGGCAGCUUCCACACCUGCGUAGGAUAUCGCACCCAUUCCACCGACAAACCGACAUGAAUGACCAUAGCAAAAACAAUAGAAUUUCUGACCAAAACACACUACUGACAUCUGGCUCCGUGUUCGCGCGAAAUAUUUAGCUAAGCCAUGAGCCUGCAUGCAAAAGUUAUGAAUUGGUUCGUGUCUGAUCUAUUCUGUACAAAUUAAAAAUCCUAUGGUUUUGACAGUUCGGAUCACUGUACAUUAAAAUCGGCCGUUUACGGUUUUCGGGCAUAAGUCAGAAUUAAAUGUCAUGUCGGUUUGUCGGUGCUUCAACUGCUGCUACAUCCGCUGGUCUAGGCUCUGCACCGAGUUCUGGUCGUUUCCCGGUUACGCAUUUCCAGAGGUCAUCUCGGAUCAGCAGGAAUUCCACUUUCGAUUUCCAGGUUGAAUAAUUGGAUCCAGUAAGCUUGAUAAUUCCCAAUCGUUCUAUUUUGCUUUGAUAUUUGAAUUUCUUCAAUUUUCAAUAGCGGAAAAAUCUUGAUAAAUGCAGGGUUAUUCUGCGUGGCGAAUUAUCCACAAUAUGGGUAUUUUUUGGAAUCAAGGUGACGUGUAGGGACCGGAAACCCAUGUCUGACGCCAUUUUAAUUACAUAUGGCGGCUUCCGGUUAGAGAAAAACUGGGAAAUUCUGCCAAAUUCCCAUCAAUAUGGGUAUUUUUGGAAUCGUGGUGACGUGUAGGGACCGGACAUCGAUGUCUGAGGCCGUUUUGAAAUUCAAUAUGGCGGCCUCCGGUUGGAGAAAAACUUGGAAAUUCUGUUAAAUACCCCUUACUAUGGGUAUUUUUGGAAACGGGGUGACGUAUAUCGACCGGAAAUCCAAGCCCGGCGCCAUUUUGAUAUCCAAGAUGGCGGCUUCCGAUUAAAUAAAAACUGGGAUAUUCUGUCAAGUACACCGCCUUAUGAGUAUUUUAGGAAUCUUGGUGACGUGUUGGGACCGGAAAUCGAUGUCUCACGCCUUUUUUGAAAUUCAAGAUGGUGGCUUCCAGUUACAGAAAAAUUGAAAAAUACUACCAAAUACCCCUCAAUAUAGGUAUUGUUGCAUUUUUAAUUCAAUAUGGUGGCUUUUUGUUCGAGAAAAAUUUGGGAAUUCUGUCCAAUUGAGGGGUAAAUAUGAACGGAAAACCCAUCCGUAUUUUUCUUUUUUUCUGUAUUCGGAAGCCACCAAUUGGAUUUCAAAAAGGUGUCAGACAUUGCUUUCCGGUCCCUACACGUCACCUCGAUUCCAAACUGUUGGAGU